AUGCGUUUCCAGUUUGGUACGAACCAUAAGGUCAUCAGUGCAGACUGUUUUCGUCUAGUGAGCUUGGUGCCGGAAGUGCAGAAUGACGUUGAAGUCGUGAAGCCUGUCUUGGACGAGUUGGAAGUGAUGCGACUGAGCUGCGCGCUCGGAAUGUUGUCGACAGCAAGCUCCCAAGACUUUGAGAGCGAGAUGCUGGAGGCCAGUGACUUCGAUGACGACUUCGCUCGCUUCCUUCGAAAGCAGGUGUUUGAGACAAACGGAAAAGGCACCUCCGACGGCACCAAGGUGAUAUCCCUGUUCGGUAAGCAAGACGCUGUAAAGCACGAGCUGAGAAAGAUGGAUCGCUGGUCUCCUGCGACUGACAACAAUUUGAAGACGGAAGACCAGGGGAUCUAUUGCGUAACGCAAAAGGACGACGAAACUGCGGAGCACUCGCUGGUUUUAUUUGGAUGGAUACAAGAAAGAUUGUUCCGGAAGGUUCGACUGCGUGAUACGGCGACGUACGUGCUCCGUUUCUUGUCAUGCUUGAGCCCCGACAUGGUGUGCUGCCUGUCAUCCGAAGAUGUGGAGUUGGUCGAGCAAGCGGUCGCUUCUAUGAAGACAAACAAUUUGGACGCUUGGGAAUCGUUUUCAGUAUCGUUCCACGUUGACGUGCAGGAAGACCAGAAAGACGCUGUCGAUUGCGGAUGUCUGCCGGAUAUAGUGUUGCCUACAAGCGUGUCGGCACAGAAUGUUCGGCUGCUAAAAGGCACUUAUCCUGCGUUUGCCGUGGUGGAGUCAGCUCCAGCCGAGAGAUGCAGCAAAACGGAUCGCCUUACAUUUGACAGCGCCGAUGAAUUUGCGAAGUGGCUUGCUAACGAGUCCAAGCUGCGGAACUUACGGUUCGAAACUGAUGGAACGCCAGGAGGCAAACUCAUCAAUAUGAUGCUGAAUGCAAGCGAAAAGUGGCCCGGAACGAAGCUCGAAAGCAUCAAAGAGACGCAAGACCGUAGUCUGCAAGCGUCGAUGGAGCAGUCAAAGGACCGAGUAGAACAGUGCAUUGAGGAUCGUCGGGCGGCCCUAAUCCGAUGUGUGGACAAGUUGUUUGACUUGGAUGUGCUGUUUAAGGCGGCCAAAGAUGAGCCGGCCUUCAAGGUGGUGCACGAGUACGUGCAGGAAGCCCAAACGAAUCGCGACAUCUGGAGCAAGAUCGACAAAGCAACACAAACGACACUAGAUUUACCGCUUCGUCUGAAGAAUCAAAUGGCGGCCAUAGCUUUGGCAUUCUGCGAGCACUCGUCGGAUGAUUCUCCAAGCAACGCAAGUAAAAGCUUAGCAACGUUCAUGAGCGACUUUACUACAUCUGAAAAGGAACUUCCGGGCAACAACAGCAAAGGUGUUUUGACACGAGCGUGGAAGAAAUUGAGCAGCAUGCUUGGAGAUCAAACUCCGGAGUUACUGACGGACCGAUUCCGUGAAUGCAUGAUCGAACCCCUGCACGAAGCUAAACAAGUUUGGUUCGAGGCGAUUGAACAGUCAUUUGCUGUCACUCACAGCGUCUUGCUGCCCGCGUGGAGUGAAGAAAAGCGGAAGGCAAUUGUUCGAACGUGUCAAGAAGACGAGCGUGAGGCCAUCUCGAGUGCUUUCGAGGAACUGUUGCAGAUUUGGCGCAACCAACAUGAAGGUGGUCUCAUGACGACCAUUCGUCCUCGCGUGUUUCCGACUGUGGUGAAGUGCUCGGUCGUAAAGGAACACUGGAAACCUGCGACGGACCAGAUAAACGUUUUCAAGCUGGCACAGGAUGACAACGGAUCCUUUAGCCCCAAUCAGCUGGGUACGCAUCGUUUGAGUCCAGGGGCUACGCUGCUAAAAGCUUUCGCGAUCAAAAAUCGCUGCAUCCUCUUGGUGACAUGUUCUCAGCAAAAGAUGACGGUAGAACGCAUCGACUUCCCACUUCAGCGAUCGUACUUUUACAAAACCGUGGGAACGGUGACGUUCACGCGUUCAUUUGGGCGAGUUGCAUCGUUGUGCGACUACAACGUUCAUGAACGAGUCAUGGCGUUCGUGGAAGAAGGUGGGCGGGUCGCGCUGUACCGCUUCAACGAAACGUUUUCAUCGCUCGAAAUUUACAAGCACGUUGAGUUGUCGCUGCGGACAUCGUUGUCACUUCCGGUCGUCAGUUUUCUCUUGGUCGAUGGCUUCCUGUACGCGAUCGACAAGAACGGGUCGAUCCAGUCUGUGAAUGUCAAAAACCAGCAGACAUCGCGCAUUGCUCAAACGCUGGUAUCAGGAUCCGGUGGGUCUACGAGUCCGCUGUUUACUAUAGCCGACAAUGCAGUGUUGGGCUAUAUGGCGAGCAAAAAAGCCGAAGACGCAAUGGAUUCUACGCAACGAUCCGAAUUGUGUGCCAUAGCCAGCGAAGACUACCGCGAAGUACCUGUAAGCAAUCCGAUAUCUUUAUCACUUCGAUCGCAACACCUGUCGGUCGAAAGUUUCCAGGACUUUUUGUUUGCAGUCGACGAGGAGCGAAAGAGAAUUCGCGUGCAUCGACUAACGGCAACCGUGCGAAGCGAAUCGUUUCGCAUUGAGCACUCGAAGGAACGUUCAGUAAACGGCACUAAGGUCGAGACGGAUGGAUCAAGCAAGGUCGAUCACUGGCUUCGAGCCUUCUAUCACAUGUACGAGAAGUUUCCUGUUCGCGGCUUGAUUCGGGGAGUUGACGACACGUAUGCGACGUUGAAGCUGCGCUUGAUGUGCAAUUCUGCGCUGUCACAGUCUGAUGAAAGUCACUGCCGUUACUUUUUUCAAACCGUGAUGCGUGAUCUCCGGAAACUAAACAAGCCUCUCGGUGGAAUGGACUUAGCACGAGAUUUGGUCUUCAUGACACAGAUGGAUGCAAGGAUGAACGGCAUUGCGCCCCAGCCUGUGCGUUUCAUUCUACAACAGCUGAUUACAUUUGUACCGAUCCAGAUUUGUCGAGCGGAAAGCAACUCGCUUACAGUCAUGCAAAACGGUCAAGCGACCCAGAUGAUCGACCCGUCGCAGAGCCUUCACGCCGUCGACAUCGCUCGAUCGAUUCGGUUCGGACUUCUGUCGCCGUUGCUCGAGUCGUGGCAGGGGAGGUGCGUCGUUAUAACUUCAAUGGGGAAGCAGUCCACUGGAAAGAGUUACUUGCUCAACCACUUGACGGGGUCGUCUUUUGCGAUUGCUGGCGCACGCUGCACUGACGGAGCAUGGAUGUCGAUCCGUAUCUUGCCGAAUAACGUUCUUCUCGUUGUCCUUGACUUCGAAGGCCUUGGGUCUUUUGAGCGAACUGAGCAGGAAGACGUGUUCUUGUCGGUAUUUAACGCCUCCAUUUCGAUGUUUACCAUUUUUCGGAUGGAAAUGCGGUUCGAUAAGGAGAUCGAUGAUUUGUUUGCUCGCUUCCAGAAAGGUGUGGCGUUGAUCAAGGGGGAUCCGAGUCUCUUCCGAGGCAAGCUGUAUAUGUCUGUGAAAGAUGUGAACCCGAACGACCAGAAGGGUGUGCUCGACGAGUUUCGAGGCAAACUUCAGAAGCUAGUGAGCGCGAACAAGCACGGUAACUUUCUGCUCGACUUGUACUCGGGCCAACUUGACAUCAAUUGCUCCCCGACGCUGGGCACGACCGACUACUACCAGUCGCUUAUGCACGCUCAGAAUUUUAUCGAGAAGUUUCUGUGCAACUCAGAGAAAGCAGGCUUCCGUAGCGGCAAAACGUUUCUGGACUGCAUUCGUCUGGUUCUCGCCAAAAUCGCGAAUCUGGACUGGACGUCGCUCGAUGAAGGUGUAAAGCAGUUCCAGUUAUCGGAAAUCAGCUCGAAGCUGCCGGGGUUGAUCCGAACGGGAUGCACUAUCCCUCAAGAGUACGUCGCGAGAAGAGAAUAUAUCGCGCCGUACCUAAAAGAAGACAUUGUGUUACCUGGUGGGAAAGUGAUCGACAUCGAUCUGGAGGCAAUGAUGGCAGCGUGUCCUGCUUCGGGUGACAAGUGGCGCGCUCUUAGCGAAUGUAUUGAUUUCAACUCGAUACUCGAUAGGGAGAUCGAUUUCGGCUUCGACUCUUGCUCGACCAGCGAAGAAACGAUCGAGCAUGUUCAUGCUGCAAUCAAACAGAUGUAUUGGCUAUUCUUGCGAACCAACUUGAGUAUCCAAGGCGGCAAAGUGUCGAGAGAGAUAGUCGCCGACUUCGACGCUUUCCUAGCUUUUAUCGUCCGUCGUCGUAAGGCCCGAAUUCUCAUUUGGGUAACGCAAAUGCUCGGAGGUCGAGUGGCGGAGGAGUGGAAAAGUCUGGAGCAACAGUAUCUGGGCCAGUUUCAGCUGCUGUUUAGGCGCUGUCAGAGCCAAUGUGACGACUGCCGGCUGGGAUGCAUGAAAGCUGCUGCUCACUCGGAGAACUCUUCGCACAAUUGUGGAGGGAGCCACGUUUGCGCUGGCCGCUGCGAGUACUGCGAUAGCGGCGAGCAGUUCAAGACUCCUCCUUGCUCCAAAGAAGCCGGUCACGAAGGGAAGUGCGAAUGUACCGGUGGGGAUCACACAUGCGGUAAAGACUGCGGAUUGGCGAACUCGCCAAACUGCGGCAAGAAAUGCUCCUUGAAGCGAGGUCAUAGUAUGCAGCAGCACAAGUGCGACGUACUCGUUCACAUUUGUGGUGAAGAGUGUUCGGCAAGCAACUGCUGUGGCCAAUGUGUCUUGAACGUCGAAGAUCUACAUACCGCUCACAAGUGCGUCGAGCAGCGCUGCAUGCAAAAGUGCAUUAUCGAUGGAUGCAACGAGCUGUGUGCUACUAUGGACCAUUUUCACGGGCAGGUUGACGUCGCUGUGGUGUACUCUGUGGAACAUGGUAUCGGGAAAGGCACGAAUACGUUCGAUGCAUCUGCAGAAGCUCCAGUCGUACACAUGUGCGGAAAUUGGCACGAGUGCCAAGCCAUGUGUGAGGAAAAGGGGAUUUGCCGAGUGGAUGUAUUUCUCAAACAGUCGUCGAAGACGUUCACGGGGUCCCGUGGCAAAUUUCAGUUCACGUUUCAGGAAAUGAACGGCUCGCGCAAGAAAUGCACAAAGCUGCUUGCACCCAACCAGAAGAUGCAUCUAGGCGCCCACACUUGCCUCUGUGAGCCAGGCAAAGUUGACGAUCAACAAAGCGCGCGUGAUCAAACAGUCCAUUACUGCGACGUCCGGUGUCCGUGCUGCAGUUACUUUUGCAACAAAGAGUACGGGCACCAUGACUCGCAUACGACGUCGCAUGGCAACAUGCGCAACACGUACUUCCUCUCGGACGCGAACGAGAUUGAUAUUGAAGAGCGUAAAUACAAGGCUGGUGAGCUGGGCAUUGCUGAAAUGUGCAACUUGUACUGUUCCAAAAUGGGUCGUGAGCAUGUGCACUACCUCGAUUGCGAGCAGGGAACCAAGGAAAAGUGUGUGUACACUGGAAGCACCUCGGAUCAGCGUCGGCACUGUACACGCAAGUUGGAGCCGCCGCCGAAGAAGCAGGUGGACGAAGUUUUGCACGAGCAGUUUUGGAAAACACUGGGCUGGGACGAUCCAUGCACGUCGAAGAUGGAACUCGAGCAAUUUGGCAAGUGCGGAUUCAAGUGUGAUGCGCCGGAUCACGAUGACAAGCCCUCGUACUGCUCCCUUCCUGCGUGGCAUAAGCCGGAAGUCAACCCGAGACGUGGUUUCACCGGGUCUACCUACGUCAGCGGACACAAGUUUGAGUGCUCGCAUGUUGCGAGCGGUGGAAAGAUGCACCAUGUGUUCGUGCUCGAUUGCUCAGGCUCGAUGAAUGGUCAGCCUUGGAAUGGUCUCAUAGCUGCAUGGAGAGAGUUUGUCUACAACCGCAUUGCGGAAGGAGCUACACUGGAUUUGGUCUCGGUUGUGACCUUCGACAGCCGCUCGGAGAUUGUUUACGAAGCGCAGAACAUAACGGCAAUGACUAACGCUAACAUCAGGUAUCGUGGUGGAGGGACAAACUAUGCUGCGGGGCUUCGAGCUGCGACAGAGGUGCUUUCGCGAAUAAACUUCGAAAUGUACAAGCCGACUGUCGUGUUUUUCAGUGACGGACACCCUUGCGAUCCCCUUCAGGGCGAACAGAUUGCGGUGCACAUCAGAAGCUGCUACGAGAAGAACGGACUCCAGGCGUUUGCGGUCGGCUUCGGUAGCAUUAAUCUGGUCAUACUGGAGCGAGUUGCAGCAAAGAUGGGUGGUACGUAUCACCAUGUCCUCACGGGCAACGAGCUGAAGGCGACGUUCUUCAGCAUCUCUGCUUCGAUGAGCACUCGAGCGGGUCUGGCGCUGGCCAAACCAGACCAUGAACGCAACUGCGUGAUUUGUGGACAAGACCUUGCAUCCGGCGAGACGGUCAAGCUAGAUGGGUGUGGUCACGAGCUUCACAAGGCGUGCUUGGACGUGCUGAUGCGCAAUGCUGCGCAGGAUGGAGAGGUGGCUCGUUGUCCAUCGUGCCGCCGCAGUAUUUGUUCUACUUGA